GAAGAUGGCGUAGGAGGAGCUCGAGCUGCGCCUAUCUGUCUGUUUGUCUGUCUGUGUGUCUGUCUGUCGAGCGAUAGCGGAAGAGUCAGGAGCUUCUCGUGACUCGUGAGCCGCAACGACGCCAACUAAUCCUGAAUCGUCGUUCGGUCGUUCGUCCGCGCGAGCGAGAACGGGAAUAAUGACCAGAACCUUUCCGCGCUUCGUUUUAGGGUUAGAGGAGGUCCCGCACUGCGCUGCUUCUCUGGUUCGCUCUGUCAGAACCAUCUCCCCGUUCUCGAGUGCACUCGCUGCAGCAGCUGCAGGCGACGGAGGGCGGAGCGACAGCCGAGGAGAGGGAGAGGGAGAGAGUCGGGGGCUCGACGGAUCCGCGGAGUGUCGUGAUUGAGCGAGGAGGAGGAGGAGGAGGACGAGGUCAAGCCGAGGGUGGCGACGGAGAGCGAGAUGUUGGAGCUUCAUCUCUCCGGGAAGAUCGAGCGAGGGGCGGUCGCAGCAGACGGCGGAAGCUGAGCAGGGUCGCAGGCUCGGUCUGUGUCGGAACGGAGAAAAUUCUGUCUGCUGGUUUCGGAGAAGUCGAAAAUUAAACGGGUUGCGAUGCAGGAAGGCUCGAGAGGCAGUCCUGAUGUCACUCGAUAUGAUUCGGAAGAUCGCGCCGGGAUCAAGGAGCUGGAGCCUGGGGCUCCUGUCAAGUUUUCCUUCACGGCCUCCAAACCAAAAUUUUCCGCUUCUCGACCCCCGCUGUUUCCCAAAGGGAAGCAGCGGAGUUCAGAUGACGAAAGUAAGGACAUGGAGUAUGUGACAGGGUUCGAUCAGCAGGGAAUUGUGGCGAAGGAUCCCAAGGGCCGGUUAGGCGUGAGAGUGAUUCCCAAGCUGGAGAACUCGUACAGGCGGCCCGAGAAGCGAAUGAAGAAUAUCAUGAUGGAGACAGAUGUCAUGGACAGCACGGAUGUCCGGUUUGAGAAGGAGCUGGAUACUGUCCUGGCCGGAGCCAUCUCCGGAGCUCAGUACGGUUUGACAAUUGGGGUCAAGAAGAUGGAGACAGUCGAAAUGACGACCACCGUCUCGACUGAGAAGGAUCCAAACGGGCAACGUACAACGGAAACGACAGUGGCAGAGGACUACAUGGAGCACACUACUCUGUCCUUCUCGCAGAUAGAGGAGCAACGGCUGAAGAAAGACCUUACCCUCCUCCCCGAUGAAGCGGAUUUGGACGCCUACGAGGAGAUGCCCGUGGAGGACUUCGGGGAAGCCAUGUUGAGAGGGAUGGGUUGGGAGAAAGGUAAGCCCAUCGGACGAAAUUCCAAGGACGUAAUUGUCCCCGUCGAGUAUGUAAGGCGAUCGGGAAGGACAGGUCUUGGAGCAGACUCUGCUCCCAAGGAAGUUAGCUCGAAAAAGUAUAUUAAGCCGGGUGAGAGCAGGUCGGCUGCCCCUGAGCUCGUGGCAGCUUUGGGCCCGGAUGGGCGAACCCGGAAUGUUAUUUCUGUAGAUGAAAAGCUUGUAGAGAGAAUUAGAAAGGGUGUUGCCAGGGGUAAAGUCAUGUCGAUCAUAUCAGGGAGGCAUCUUGGUUUGAGGGGAGAAGUUCUCGACGUUUUGGACUCAGAGCGAGUAUCGGUGAAGCUUGUGAAGAGUGCAGAGAAGGUUGUGGUAAGCGCAGCAGAAUUAGCAGAUAUUGGGUCCCUAGAGGAAGAGAAGGUGUUGAAGCAGAUCAGGCAGCUGAAGAUUGGAAAUGGUGAAGCCUCGCAAGACAGCUCUAUUCGUGACGAUAGCCCUCCAGACAGAAGGGAAGAUAAAAAGCACGAGAGAAAUGAGGAUAGAAGAGAGAGAGUUACGAGACGGGAUGAUGGAUCUAAAGCUCACUACAGGCGGGAGGAGGAGGAGCGAGUAAGGUCAAGGAGGGAUAGUCGAAGGGACGAGAGAGGAGAGUACGAGGAACCGAAAAGGUCCAGCAGAGAGGGUAGAAAAGACUCGAAGAGAGAUGAAUCUGAUCGAGCAGGAGAUGAGAUGGAAGUUGACGAUGAGGGAAGGAAUAGGCGAAGUGAAGAUAGAAGAAAGCCAUCUCGAUAUCACAAGCGUGACGACAGAAGGGACGACGGAAGGAGGGAAAGUAGGAAGGAUGGGAGAAGAGACGACGAGAGGAGUCAGCCCAGAAGCUACCGUGAGAGGGGUGAUGUUUCGGAGCGGGAGAGAGCUGGAAGAGAUAGGAGAGAUGCUUCCCAUAUAUCACAAGAUAGAGCUGAGAAAGACCGGAGCAACUCCGGAGACAGAGACUUGUCAGGAGUAGCUAGUGGAGGACGCAUCACAGAGCCGUGGCUGAUGAGCCAGAUACGAGUGAGGGUCAUCAGCAAGACUUUGAAGGGAGGAAAGCUGUACUUAAAAAAAGCUAGAAUAGUUGAUGUUGUCAGCCCAAGAGAAUGUGAUAUACUCAUGGAUGAGAGUGGAGAAAUGCUACAGCAGGUGAAACAAGAACAAUUGGAGACAGCACUGCCUAAGAAAGGUGGUCGCAUAGUGGUCGUAGGUGGAACAGAAUAUCGAGGCAAGAUGGGUAAGCUUCUUGAACGAGGAUCCGAAAAAGGUUUGGUACAGAUGGAAGAGAAUUUCAAGGUUGAGACCAUGGAUUUAGAUCUUCUGGCAGAAUUUGUCGGUGAUCCAAGCGAGUUGGACGAUUGAAGGAGCAGACGAGUUCUCAUCUUCGGGAUCUGUUUCUUGGAACCGGCUGAAACGUCGUGCACAUGCAGUGUCUUCUCUUCAGUUGUCUGAUGGGCACGUUAGUGCCACAGCCAACCGAAAUGCUGGUGAAACUAUUCCAGUAUUUGAGGAUAGAGAUGUACUGCCUGAGUCGAUGGAAGCUAUACUUCUGCUAGUUAAGGGAGUGGUAUGAAUACGAAGAAUUGCUGACUUCUGGAUAUGGGAGUGCAGUCAUGCCUUUGAGUAUGUAGGGGCCGCCAUCUCCUUGGCCAAGCGUGUUCAACAGAUCCAUCAAGAUACUCCCCUGGGCAUCCAAUGAAGGUGAAGAUACUUGACUGAAUGCUCUAUACUGAGACAUGCUGCUUAUCAAAAUAAUGUCGCAAGGCCUUCCCAGAAAUAAACUAUCUGUAGGAUCUAGGUCUUGUACAACGGUCGAUGUAGAAUGGAUUUUAUCUUCUCUAACCUAGUUGUUUCAGUAAUCUACUUUGAGUACAACACUGCGGAACUAUGAGGUUCGCUAGAUAUUGGUGGAAUACUUAGAACUCGAGAGGCUUUAGUCUCAAGCAGUUAUAUUUGAUCCAUUAUUGAUCUAUUUUCGGUCAGUUCCAUCGGGAAAUUUUUUUGGUUUCGUAUUUCUUGUUUGUAUCGCUCUAUUCCUCUCUGUUUGCGUUCAUACAUUCUGUAUAGACCUUUCACUUGCAUGUCACAUGAGGAUACUUGCUGUACAUGACCUCAAUGCAAAUCAUCUUCUUGGUGGAGAUGCUACUUUCCGUAGAGCCUGAGUUGGUCGUUUUAGGCAAAAGGAUACAUUAGUGUAAUCGGUAGUAAUGAACUGCCGUACAGGGCGAAUUAUUUGGCAGCAAUCAAUAUGAUAUAAUCAAGGUAUGAUUUGUAUGAUCAAAUUAUAGAAUCUAAAGUGCAAGAGUUGUAUCUUUUCUAACUCACUUGCUCCUUCUUUUAUAAUCCCAAUGUUUUCUUUAGUCGUCUCCAGGCUGACUAGCAAUUAUUGUUCUCUAUUACAUCUUUGUAGGUCAAUAAUUGCAAUCGCAGAUGUCUGAUAAACGUAAGUUCGUGAUAUAGUUAUUGAGGGUUUUUCCAGCUUUAUCCUUCUGCCAUCGUCGCUGGCAGGCAUUUUCUUACGCCUUCAUCACGUACAUAACGUGUAAGGGAUGUGUAUAAUUGUAGCCCUCAUCUCGUGUUUUCUCCUCCUAUCACGUACGUGUAUAGUACAGUCGUAAUCGGAUGCUUCUUCUUCCCCGCUGGCAUCCAGCACAGUUAGUACCUCCCAGAAGGAGCGGGGAAUGUAUUUUGUCAGGAAAUGACAAGCAAACAGUAAUGAGUAGUCGCCAUCGCUCUUCAACUCGUACAUCACGCGUCUACUUUCACUUUAUGGAACAUUGGUUCGAAUGAUCUAUACUCACAAUUUGGUCCUCAGAUAAGUCUGUGUAUAUCUCUGCUUCUGUAAGUAACGCUAAGAUUUGUUUGAACCUAAUACCUAUGGUGAAGUCUGACAAUUCAAAGCUUCAUAGGUCAACACCCUGGUGCAGCCGUGUUAAUUACCUUCCGAGCAGGAAUUGGGGUUGGGGGUAGUAAAUGGGCUCUAUAGAGCCCAUCUCACUAGAAUCUGUGAACUUGAAGUAUUUCUAUAUAGGUAGUUGUCAGACGAAGCUUCAAGAAUUUGGCCGUUUUUCAGGGGUUUUUCUCCUAGCCAACUUUAUCCACUUAUGAAAUUGACAGGCACUGUUGCCAAACUGCCCUGUGGCUCUUAUGAGGUCAUGUGGAUUGGUGGUGCUAUGAUCCUUAACAUUGAGCUGUUGUUGUACGCUCCCGGACUCUUGGACUCAUCACUAUCAUAGUCUAUCCUGCAAGCAGAGCUAUACGGAAUUUCCUAUAUUGUCCCGGAAACCUUUAUAUUGUAGAUGAAUUUGCAGGUGCUAUUAUUGGUUUUUAUUUGGUACUUGUCUCUCUGAACCUUUUUUUUCUCUCCUUUUGUUUGGAAGUGGUGUUUUCGAACUUUUAAUUUUUUUAAUACGAGGAAUUGCAACUUACAUGUAGACUCUGACAUUCGCCAGCUGUGAUUCAGAUCGGUUUAUAAUUGAGCCUGGUUUUCUCUUAUAUUCAGUUGCACAUGCUUAGUUUUGUUCUGACCUCUAUAUUGUCUGUAGUAUAUUACGUGUUACAUCCGACCUAGUUUUGCUCAGCUAAAAGUUCAGUAUCCUGUUCAGUUCACACCAUGUGAAAUGUCAAAGGACAUAUGAGUUCAAUGGUCUUCCUUUUUUACAUCUUCUCUUCUUUGCUCUUUAUUAUUCUGCAUGUUCUCUUUUGCUGUCUCUUUUGCUUUGGGUUCAAUAAAUUCUAUCAUCAUAGCAGUUCAGACUCGUUGCUUUUGUUUUUUCUUUUGUUUUUGCUUGCUUAUUGUUCCUAUUCUUCCAUUCACCAAAUCGACUAAUCUUUCUAUUGCGGACUUAUCACACAAUUUCCAACGAAAGCUGCCGAAGUUAUGUUUUAUAUGUUAGGUUGCUACUUUUAAUAGUUUCCAAAGCAAUUUAUUCAAUACCACUUGAAACUUCUUAUCUUAGAGGUAUGUAUCAUAUCGGGACGGUUAUCUUUUUUUGGGCUCGAGCCGCUGAAAGCUUAUGUCAUUUUGAACUUAACCUUGGAAUUUAACUGUAGGAAAUGUGAGUUAAUUGAAGACGGAGGCAAUGUUUGCUGCGUGUGUGUAGAACGUUUUAAUGAGCAAAGGAAGUGAGUUUUGCGAGAUAUAUCUUUAGUGAAUGUGAAACAGUUCCACGAUGAACAGUUUUGGAUAAGCUUGCUGCGUUAAUUCGAGCAAUAUCUGUCCUCUAUGAAGAGGACUGCAUCAAAGGUGGAGUUAUGAGAUUGUACACACCACGAUAUUUAACUUCUAUUUCUACCUACCAGUUUUGUCUUGAGAUCAAAUCAGAAAACGUUGUAUCCAACAGAUUACGGAGAGAUGUCGAGGAAUUUCGAGUCCCGAAUGAAUCUCUUGAGUCUGUUAUCUUGUACAGAGUUUUUUUGGCUUAUCUGUAUUUGGAGUAUUGCCUCAAUCUCACUGAGAUUAGCAGCCAGCCCUUCGUGUCUCGUGUAUCAUGUCUGUAAUUUUACAUGCUGAUAGAAUGAAGCCGAAGUGAUCGUGGGUCCGAAAUCAGAUGAAGUGUUGAAUGUAUAUUGUAGCUCUAAUCAUGGAGGAAGGAGGAUUGGACUUAGUGACCACGGUACCUUUUUUUCUUGGUUGGAAUUGUUGACGUACAUUUGGAAUCAAACAGAUCAAGUAAUAAAUAACUCAUGUAGAUUCACAAUCUACUCACUGUAUAACAAUUCAGCUGACCUAUCUGUCCACAAAAAAAUGGAAUUAUAUUCAAUAGAGCAAUUUACUUCAG